AUGGAUCUGAACCCCAAGUACGACAACUAUGAUUUCCCCAUCAAGGGCCCUGAGAAGCAGGAUGGUCACGCCGGCUACCUCACAGAGGACCAGAUCGCCAAGCUUCACCAGUUCCGCAUGAUGCUCGAGUCCGAAGGUUGCACUGAUCGAUUGGACACCUUGACUCUGCUUCGAUUCCUCCGAGCGCGCAAGUUCGAUGUCGAGGCCGCCAAAGCCAUGUUCUUGGAUACUGAGAAAUGGCGAAAGGAGGUUAAGCUUGACGAGACUGUGCCUAUCUGGGACUAUCCCGAGAAGGCUGAGAUCGGAAAGUACUACACUCAGUUCUACCACAAGACCGACAAGGAUGGACGACCCAUCUACAUCGAGACCCUUGGUGGUAUUGAUCUGACCGCCAUGUACAAGAUCACCAGCGCUGAUCGCAUGCUCCUGAACCUCGCUGUCGAGUACGAGCGCGUCGCCGAUCCCCGUCUUCCUGCCUGCUCCCGCAAGGCCGGCCACCUCCUCGAGACAUGCUGCACCAUCAUGGAUCUCAAGGGCGUUUCCAUCACCAAGGUUCCCCAGGUUUACUCUUACGUCCGACAGGCCUCUGUCAUCUCCCAGAACUACUACCCCGAGCGUCUCGGCAAGCUGUACAUGAUCAACGCCCCUUGGGGUUUCUCCACCGUUUGGAGUGUUGUCAAGGGCUGGCUCGAUCCCGUCACCGUCUCCAAGAUCAACAUUCUCGGUUCUGGAUACAAGAGUGAGCUCCUCAAGCAGAUCCCCGCUGAGAACCUCCCCAAGCAGUUCGGUGGCGAGUGUGUGUGCGAAGCUGGCUGUGAGAACAGCGAUGCUGGUCCUUGGCACGACCCUGAGUGGGCUCGUCCCGCUUGGUGGGAGAAGAAGCAGGGUGCCAACGUCAUCGAGAACAAGGGCUCUGAGAUUGAGGAGCCCGCAAAGGCUCCUGAGGCUGCUCCCGCUGCCGAGGGUGCUGAUGCUACCCAGACUGCCCCUGCUCCCGCCCCUGCUGCCGCUUAA